AUGCUGCACUUCACUUUGGACGUCCUCGUCCAAAACCAAUACUCUGUCGAUCGCAUCGUGUGGCCCAAGGUUUGGACGAGGGCACUCCAAGCCUUGUUUGUCUUUGGCCUCCUCAUCUACACCCUCCACGCCCACUCCUCGAACCCGACCAUCCUUCCUGGCCUACCUGCCCGCUUCCAGAACCACGCCCGACAGGUCAUCUUCUCGGUCAUGAGCGUGUGCUCGGGAUGCUACCUGAUCCACAUCACAAACACAUACGGAUACCUAGCAGUCAUGAAGCAAGCGCCACCAGUCGGUUGCCUGUGGGUGUGGUCCGUCAUUGAACUCCAGCUCCCUUGGGCUGUCCUCAGUCUGGCAAUUGCUGGCACAUAUCUCAAAGUCAGAGGUUAUGACAUCAAGUGA